GCUGAGGAUGGAGAGCACGGUGGACAAAUCUCCCCGGCAGAGCCUGGUGGGAGAGGCCGUUUUGAAGGGCUCCCCGGCACAGGAAGGCAGCGGGGAGGAAAAGGCCCGGAGAUGCCCCCGGAGGAGGGGCUGCAAAGCCAGCCCAGGGAGCUGUGAGGAGGAAAGACCCGUUCUGUGCCGGGAAGGCGGCCAGAGAUUGAGCCGGAGCUCCGAGCUGGUGGUCCCUGAGCAGCCUCCCAGCAGGGAGAAGCCCUUCAGGUGCUUGGAAUGUGGGAAGAGCUUCAGGAAGAGCUCGAACCUCCUCAGGCACCAGCACAUCCACACUGGGGAACAGCCCUACACGUGUAGGGAAUGUGGGAAGGGCUUCAGGCACAGCUCCAAGCUCCGCAGGCACCAGCGCAUCCACACCGGUGAACGACCCUACAAGUGCUUUCAAUGUGGGAAGAGGUUUCAGACCAGCUCAACUCUCCUCGUGCAUGAGCGGACACACACAGGGGAGAGGCCCUUCCGCUGCACCGACUGCGGGAAGGGCUUCAAACACAACUCCAACCUCAUCACCCACCGGCGCAUCCACACCGGGGAGAGGCCCUACAAGUGUGGGGAGUGUGGGAAGAGCUUCAGCCAGAGCUGUGCUUUGACCAGACACCAACGGACCCACCGGUAGCAGAAGCCCCUGGAAUGCCCCGACUGCGGGAAGAGCUUCGGCCGCUGCUCCCACCCUGAAUGACCCCCCUGAUGAUGAGGCAACCCCUGGAGUCCAGUGACUGUCAGUCCGUCCCUUUCUACCAGAAAGGGCCAGUCCCCUUUCCCAGGGGCAGGUUCUGCCAACAGAACCCUUCUUGGGGGUGUGUGGAGAUUCCUGCCUUGGCUGGGUCCCCCCAAGGUCAGUGCUGGAGGUUGAGAGCAGAGAUCUCCCCACGAUUGUUGGUCUGGGGGAGUUCCAUCCAUCUCUAAUUAAUAAUUCUUUCUUUGGUGCCAACUUGAGUAGAAUUGCUUCAACAAUUGCUUUAGUGUAGAGCACUGUCCUAUCUUAUUCUCUAUUAGUGGUAGUUUUAGUGUUUCUUUAGUGUUUCUUUUAAUGUUUCUUUAGUGUUGCAGUUUCCAUGGAGAAAAGGUGAGGGGCGGUGGGCAGAGAUUCUCGGCUACAGUCACCAGUUCUUCUCCCUUUCCUCUCCCUGAUUUUCCAGAAUUUGCCCUCAAUUUUUAUAGUGUUCACAGGAGCUUGAACAUGGUUUUUUGGCACGUAGCCAGUUCAGAUGUUGGAAUAGAUAUGAUAAUCAUAAGCAAUGGCAGGAUCUUUUGGC